AUGUUGAUGGAUUUAAAUGUUCAUAGUACAAGUAGAAUUGAAUAUAAUUGUUCAUUGGAAUCAUUUCGUAAAGUUGCUAAAGAUGGACCAGAUUACAGCUGUACUGAUUGUCGAUUAAAAUUCUUUCGUGAUCAAGUGUUGUCGUGUAUCGAAGGUAAAUAUUUGAAAAUGUGUAAAAGCGAGGAAACAAUGGAACGUAUUAAAUCAUAUUUGAAUGCUAAUGGUCGACAAAAUACUGGUUGUAUUUGUAAAUUCUGUUCCGAGAAAAUAAAACGCGGAGAGAUGCCUAGUCGAGCAAUUAUUAAUAAACUUGAAGUUAGUGAAAUACCUGUAGAGUUAGGAAAACUAAAUGAUUUAGAACGACAUCUCAUUGCACUUCGAAUAGUAUUUAUGAAGAUAGUGCAUUUAGGAGGUGGAAAAAUCUCAAAUAGAUUCGGACAAAAAGGUGUAAAAGGACCAUUGCAUUGUGUUCCAGUCGAUGUUGAAGAAACUGUAUCUACUUUGCCACGACCGGUAGAUCGAUCAAUGGUUAUUCGAUUACAAUUGAAACGUCAAAUAAAGUAUAAAGCAGUAUGGGAAGAACAAUGGAUUAAUCCCAAUGAUAUUCGUACGGCUUUGUUUAUUUUAAAAGAAAUUAACCCAGCAUAUGCCAACAUUAAUGUAGUUGAUAUUAUUGAAAAUUAUUUAAUCUCUGAUAAAGAACGAUUUGAUCGUGAUAUUGUUGAUGAAACUUUAGGUCAGACAGCGUCAUGUAUUCAACCAGCAAAUUUCAAUGAUACAAUCGUUAUAGAUAAUAAUAAAGUGAUACUAGCCGUGGCGCCUGGAGAGAAAAAUAAACUUAACUCUUUAUUAACAGAAAAGGGUGUUGAAAAACUUGCUUUUCCUCAUCUGUUUCCAGAUGGUAAAGGUUCUUUUGAUGAAAAUCAAAUGAGUAAACUCUAUUGGAAAGAAUAUUGUAAAGUACGACUUCUCUCGUCUGAUCUACGGUUUGCAAAUGAUCCUAGCUACAUUUUUUAUUUGCAAUAUGUCAGCGAUUUGAAACAAGCCUAUUCAUCAAGUAAUAUUGCAUUUCGAAAAAUGAUUCCUAUGACAGCUAGUCAAGGUAAAGAUGAAAAUCAAUUGAAACUACUUCUUAAAAACGAUAUGAUUUAUCGACAUUUUGAAACAGUACCUGGUAGUCCACAAUAUUGGAAUCAACGUUUAAAAGAUCUAUUCGGUAUGAAUCGUCAGUUAGGAAUUCCGACAUUCUUCUUAACAUUGUCUUGUGCAGAUAUGCGCUGGAAAGAAUUUCUUGAUGUCAUUGCUCGAAAUAGUGGAGAAGAAGUAAAAGAAGUUUACAGUUUUCUAGAAAAAGUAAAUCUUAUUCGUAAAAAUCCAGUUAUUGCUGCACACAUGUUUGAACGACGAUUUCAAGUAUUUAUGAAAAAAUUUGUGAAAGGUGGUGCAUAUUGUUUAGGAGAAGUUAUUGAUUGGUUUGCUCGUAUUGAAAUGCAGAUGAGAGGUUCACCACAUGCUCAUAUGCCACUUUGGGUGAAAAAUGCACCGAAAUACAAUGGAAAAAACACAGAUGAAAAAACUAUAUUGGAAAUUAUAGAAUUCUGUGAUAAGUACACCACGACAUGGUUUCCAUCAAUUGAUGAAGAUGGAGAAUUGCACUAUUACGUCAAGGAACUUCAAAGUCAUUCACGGAAUCAUUCGAAAUCAUGUUUAAUAUGUCAUGGAACAAUUUGCCGUUUCGAAUUUCCUCGUGCUAUAUCACGACGAACUUUUAUUUCAUUUCCAUAUAUGCCUAAAAAUGACGAAGACGUUGAACUGAUAAAGAUUGUGAAAAAAACGUUACGAGAUAUCAAUAUUGAAUUGAAUAACCUUGAAAAAGACAAGAUUUUAACUUGGACAGACUUUGACACAAUUCUCGAUAAAUACAAUUGGACAUAUGAAUACUACGAAUGGUCUCUCUCAACUGUUCAUAGUCGACCAAAAAUAUUUCAUAAGAGAGAACCAAAUGCACGUUGGAUAAAUCAAUACAAUGAAGAGCUUUUGAGGGCUUGGAAUGCAAAUAUGAACAUACAAUUUAUUUUGGAUCCGUAUGCAUGUGCGAGAUAUUUAAUGUCGUACACGACAAAGCCAGAACGAGAAAUGAGCAUACUUUUAGAAGCAACACAUAAGGAAUGUCGAGAAGGGAAUGUAACAGUUCAUGAAGAGAUGAAAAAAUUAACAGGUACUUUUUUUAAUCAUCGACAAAUAAGUGUUCAAGAAGCUAUCUAUCGUGCAGCAAAGAUGCCAUUAGUCUAUUCAAGUCGAGGAUUCGUGUUUGUUCCAUCUCAUUCGAAUAGUUGUAGAUUUCUUAAAUCACGAGAAGCCUUGCAGCAAUUAAAUCCUAAUGAUCAAAAUAUAUAUAUGAGUAAUCUAGCGGAUAAAUAUUUCGAUCGUCCAUUUGAUGAAGAAUUCCAUAUUUGUAUGGCUGAUUUUGCAUCGAAUUACGAGUUUUUUGCUGUAAAAAGAGUUAGUAAAAAUCCAAGAACACCAAUAAAAUAUUUGAGAACUCUUAACUUUGCUGUCAAAAAACGAGUUGGAAAAUCAGCUAUUAUUCGCUUUCCUCAUUUUCAUCGAGAAAAUGAUGCUGAAAACUAUUUCGAAAAUCUCUUAUCUCUCUAUUUACCUAUUCGAAAUCGCAAUGAAUUGAAAAAACCAUACGAAUUGUUUUAUGAAGAAGGAGAAAUGUUUGAUAAUCGAGCAAAAUGUAAUCGAAAAGUGAAAGAUAUCGUUUGUGACAAUCGAAAGAAGUAUGAAGCUCAUUUUGAAAUGGCUGAUGAAUUGAAGACAAUUGUUGAUGAUUUCUCAACAGAAACGAAAGAAGAUGAAUGGGCAAAUAUUGUUUGUAACUCAGAUCAUUUUGAAAUGACUAAAAUGAAUACUACUGAAAGACAAAAGGAAUGUGGGUCGUUUUCAGAGAUGUUAAAUCGUAUUCGAAAGUUGAAAAAGAAAGAAGAAAUGAUAAAACCAGACCGAAAUAUUCUUAAAAAAUGUCAUCAACGUUAUUUAAAUAAAUGA